AUGGAGAACAUUCUCGGGGAUGUCAGCAGCACCACCACCGUGAAGCUGCCGCCGAGCCCGACGCCAGGACCGACCAACUGCAGUGCGUGGGACCAACAGUGGGGGGCGCCAUAUCUGCACAGGCUGGCGCACCUCGAUCCUCAGCUCUAUCAGGAUUACUAUGCAGUGUGGCUCUCACUUCUGGUGUCCAACUGCCUGAUGCUGGUGAUCGGCGUGGUCCUCAACAGCCUGGCCCUCUACGUGUUCUGCGGCGCGUCCACCCAGUCCUCCGCGCCAGUGGUUUACACGAUAAACCUCGCGAUAGCCGACCUGCUGGUGGCGCUGUCGCUCUCCGCGCGCAUCGCGCUCUACCACAGCGGCGGGAGCUGCCUGGCCUGCUCCUACGUGCAUACCUUCAGCUACUUCGUCAACAUGUACUGCAGCAUCCUCUUCUUGACCAGCAUCUGCAUCGACCGCUACCUGGCAGUGGUGCACGCCUCGGGCACGCUGCACCGGUGGAGGACGGCGGGAGCGGCCCGCUGCCUCAGUGCUCUGGUGUGGUUCAUCGCUGUGGUGGUCACCUACUCCUUCCAGACCGCGGCGCUAGAGUUCGGCACCUCCUGCGUGCUGCUCCCCGCCCUCUUCUACCUGACGGUGCUGGAGUUCCUGCUGCCCCUGCUGGCCGUGGUGGGCUUCACCCUGCGCGUGGCCUGCUUCCUCAGCUCCGCCCCCUCCGGCCGGGGCCACGCCCCCAUGCCCCGCCAGAGCCUGGAGCGGCGGGCGCGCGCCGUGCGGCUCCUGGCCACCGUGCUGGUGGUGUUCACCGUGUGCUUCACGCCCUUCCACGUGCGGCAGGCCCUGGUCUACUUCCGGGUGAGAGGCGGGGGAGGGGGAGGAGCUAGAGGAGGAGGAGGAGGAGAGGGGGAGGAGGGGCCAGGGAAGGAGGCGGGGCAGGUGCUGGCCUAUCACGUGACGGUGACGCUGAGCAGCCUCAACAGCUGCCUGGACCCCGUGGUGUACUGCUUCGUGACGGACAGCUUCAAGAGGCUGUGGCGCCGCAGGAUGAGGACGGCGGGGGGCUCGACGGUGGCGAUAGGGGGAGGAGGAGGAGGAGGAGAGAUGCCGUCGGUGAAGAAGUGUUCGGGGACAGCCAUGGCGCUGGCUCAGAGUGUGGCCACGCUCACGCUGGCCUCCGUGCCCGGACCCUCCCCCGCCUCCUCCAACCUCGCUCGGGAGCACUCCACCUAGAGGACCUCCAGGUAGACCUCCAUGCCCAAGGAGGAGGAGGAAGAGGAGCUGGUGCCAUGCUCAGCAGAGAGACAUAGCGAUAAAGGGAUGACAUAGCAGAAGAGUUGCUACGGAAGAGGAUGAUGAGGUCAGAUAACGGAGCCUGCAUCUUGUAUUAAUGGCUGAAGUCUAUCCUUUGGGUAUUUGAGGGCCUUUUAGUGCAGGUGUGUCAGUCAUUUUGGUUGAUUUCUCAACAAGCUGACAUAGUCCAUCAGUAAGAACUAGAUAAAGUAGAAUUUCAACGAUAGAGAAGUAAACCAACUCAGUCCCCUUGGAUUAUUCUAAAAUUGUUCUAUCGAUACUUCCAAAUUUGUUUAGAGAACGGCUCUGGGACAUUCUGAGUCUAUGAUGGCCCGUGUGAUCGUACGAGUGAAACAGAGACUGAGGCAAACGUGCUGAAGGCGGGGGUUGUGUAGGGGAAGGACAGCGUGCAACGGAGCUGCCCUCUCAGAGCGAACGCAUUUAAGAGGCUGGAGACGGAGCCUGCCCUCAACAGAAUAAACUGUUGUAGUCGUAACUCUCCCCAGAGCUUAUUGUAAAACCACUCUCCGCGCCUCGUGUUUACCUGUUCGUCUCAUCGUGUCUGGACGGAGACGCGAUGUUUGCCGUUUCUAUAGCGAUCCUCGUAUCCCAGGAGUAUUCCAGGAAAUCCUGCGGACGCUGAUAACAUUGUUUACGUGAUGGAAGUUACUAAGUGAGGUUUCGUUCAUUGUUUCCUCUUUUGAAUCACAUGGAAGUUGUUCACGACGUGGCACAUUAUGAAACAAAGUUUGACUGACAGACGCUAAGAGGUCAAACGCAGUCGACGCGUCUGGGAUAGUACAUUGAGAUUGUGGAAGCCAUUGCCCUAUACUCUUUCCCUUUCACUAAGUAUAAGUGGACCAAUACAAGUGUAUUCAUGACUUAAAACUUUAGUUAUUGUAAUUUUUUCAUAUUUUAUAUCACAUAAUGUACUCAAAAACCAAAGAAAUUACUUCAGAAUUUG